AUGGACUUUAAGUUACUAAAGAAGGGAAUGGAAACAAGAAGACAUUAUAUUCUCUACUUAACACAAUCGAAGUUUAUUGGGCCUCUAAUUGUGCGAGGACAAAUUGUAAUGCAAAUGCAAGAACAUAAACAGAACAAAAAGACAGGACAAUUAUCAAUCAUUGAGGAUGCUACUAAGAGAUACUGUCUUAUUGCUAAGCUGCGUCUCGAUCCAUGA